AUCCACACGACAAAGUGAAGCAGAAACGCAAGCGUGAGAGAGCGUGAGAGACAAUGGAGCGGGAAGACUCACAGUAAUGAUUUUCUCGCUCAUCAUCUCCUUCGACGCCCUCUGGAAACCCUAGGGCCAUCUCCUGCCUCCCCACAGCUCCCAUGGCGUCGCCCUUGUUGCCAAUCUCGAAAUCGAUUGCUGCCAUUCCUACUAGCCCCAAUGGAAUCCCGGAGAAAUCCCUUUGUUGCAAAUUUCAAAAUCUCCGGAGCACCAUAUGCUUUAAAAGUGUCUUCUUAAGCACGCUUCUUCUGAGACGGAAGCAGUUUCGUGGAAGUAGAGUAGCGGGAUUCAAGAGUCAGUUACAGUUUUGCCAAUUUUCCCAGAUCUACCAUGCAAAGGGACCUAGAGGAGAGGUAGACUACCCAAGUCUUCCUCAAGGAUCCAAGUAUCAGAUUACUUCCAUCCUUGCUAUAGGAAAUGAUGGUGAUUACAAAAGAUUCUUUGCUGGAGGAAGACAGAUUUUUGACGUGGAACUGGAAAUGAAGAAAAAAAACUUCAAACUAGAAGAAGUAGAGCAACUAUUAUUGAGCAAUAGCAGAGAGAACAAGAAUGAACAAUUAUGGAGAUCAUGUGUGCUCUCAUUUGCGGUAUUUUCAUGGUUCAGUUCUUGUGAAGUAGCACAGUCUAGUGUCGGAAAUAAAACAGACAUGGUUUAUGAGAUUGGGGAGUUAUUUGAACUGGGAAUACAGCUAUCUUAUUUGCUUAUACUACUAGGUCUUCUUGGACUUGGAACCUUCUUUGUUAUUCGCCAGGUUCUUGUUAGAAGAGAGCUUGACCUUUCUGCUAAAGAACUGCAGGAGCAAGUCAGAAGUGGUGAUGCUACUGCAACCGAGUAUUUUGAGCUGGGUGCUGUUAUGCUUAGAAGAAAGUUCUACCCAGCUGCAACGAAGUACCUGCAGCAAGCAAUUGAGAAGUGGGAUAGAGACGACCAGGAUCUAGCACAGGUUUACAAUGCUUUAGGAGUGAGCUAUGUGCGUGACAACAAGCUUGACAAAGGCAUUGCCCAGUUUGAAGCAGCAGUGAAGCUUCAGCCUGGCUACGUUACUGCUUGGAACAAUAUGGGCGACGCUUAUGAGAAGAAGAAAAAUUUGAAAAUGGCUCUCAAAGCAUUUGAAGAAGUUCUUCUUUUUGAUCCAAAUAAUAAGAUUGCAAGGCCUCGUCGUGAUGCUCUCAGAGAGCGUGUAGAAUUGUACAAAGGAGUUCCUAUCAAAUCUGAGGAAAGGUAAGCACACCUGCUAAUACCUGCUGAGUUUUUCGUGUCGAAAUAUGACUCGAUCUGUUACAAUCAGGUUUGAGUGUGACCUGAUGAUUCGGGUUGGGUUGUUUCUGGUUCGUUUUUGUCGAAUUUCUAUGAAGGAUUUUAGUAGUUUUCUUUAGUGUAAUUUGAGUAUAUGAUUAUGGAGGUAUUUGUUGUUCAAAAGUUUUAUAAAUAUGCUUAGCCUUGUAAGAAUUUAUUAGGUGUUUGUACUAUUGGAUUGGUCUAACCAUAAUCAAAUUGGGGUUAAGGGUCUGUUUGAGACAGCUACAGCU